AGGGUAUAUACACAGCUUUACGUAAAUAUAAAGAAAACCCAGACAAUCACAUGAACAUAACCAACAAACUGGAUAAGAUUCUAUCUAAUUUUGAGAAAUUAUUUUCUACGGCCGAAGUAAAAGAAUUUGUCGACAAACUUCGAGAGGAACAAGAAGAACGUGGAUUUGAAACAGCUCUUCAAAUAAAUGUGGCAUCUGCCUGUGCAAUUAAAGCCUUAAAGGGCUAUCGCAUGAAUCAAACAGUCAUUAAUGAAUUAAAAAAUAACAAAUGCGAGGAAGGACCUUCAAAAACGAAAUCCAUGAAAAGAAAAAAUAAUCUAAACGAGGAAGAUGCGAGCUCAGAGAUAGAGAAUAGUUCAGAAUAUGAUGAAAGACCAAAUAAAAUUAAAAAACAGGCUACAAAUGGCAUUGAAGAAGUCAUUAGUAGUAGCGGUGCAAGUGAUAAAUCAAAUGAAGAAUCCUUUGAUAAAAAGCAAGCUGAUACAAUUCCAAAAUCAGUUCGUGAUUGGAUUAUAAAUGUAUUGUCUUCCGGAAAGGAUGUAUUCAAAAAUUCUAUCAUAACUUCGCUAAUUCCUGAUCACAAAUUCCGAAAGAUCUGUGAAAUUAUUCUUUAUGACUUUUUUUCAAUGGCUAGCAAAAAUCCAUUAAACCGCUAUAUUGGAGAACGAAAGUACACAGUAGAAAGAAUUGUACCAUUGUUCAAGGCGAUACAAUCUGUCUAUAAAGAAUUUAUGUUCGAUUGGAUUGAAGUGCAACUUAAUUGCAUCAAGGAUAUGAAGACAUUGUUUCCAAAUUUUGAUAUGACGCUUAAUAAAGCAGAUGGUGUUUGUCUGAAGGUUUCAAGUAAUAAGGAAGUAGUAUUCAUUGAAAUAGCAGGAGGUCCAGAAGUUACUAGCGCGGUAGUAAAACAUGCCAAAGAAGAUACCGAAAAGCUAAUCAAGGAAGCGAUGUUUGGAUUGGUCUCUCUUUUGAGAAAUUAUUUAGACAAGAAUGUAGACAAAGCAAUGAAAAUAUGCACAUACAUGGUGCAAGUCAUUGGAGAUCGAAUUACUCUAAGCGAACUUUGUCUCAAUAAGAAGCAUUCGUAUAUGGUUUCGCAAGUUAAAUCAGCAAUGUUACCAUUUUCAUUUGACGAAAUCGAAAAGUUCUUAGAGGUCUUCGAAUUACUUCAUGCUCUAAUUAAUAGGCUUGAAGAACAAAUAAAUGAGCUAAAGAAGCUAAUGCUUUCCAAUAUUAUUGAAGAAGAACCAACAAUUCGAGACUGGAUUUGGGUCCCGAAUUCAAUUACGGAAUGGGAA